CAAUUUUUAAUCAUCACUUUAUCUAAUGAGAUUUAUUGAACAAGGAGACAAUUUUUAAUCAUCACUUUAUCUAAUGAGAUUUACUGAAUUAUCAGAAAGUGUAAGAGAGUCACGUGCAAAUAUGGACGAAAAGAUCUAACUAAAUCAUUCUUAAAUAUUAGAGGAAAUGAAUGAUUUAACAUAUAUUUCUCCCACAUCACUACACGAUCAGCAAGACGCUGUGUAUAUACGUUCUGUUCAUUCAUUCAGAAGCAGCGUGGGUGUGUGUUUUGCUUCAGAGAAUCUUUCUCCUAAUGGAACAGCUGAAGCCAAGCGCUCCUAACUCAUCCCCUCUCACUCCACUCGCCUUCUUGGACAGAGCAGCCACCGUCUACGCCCACGUCCCUUCCCUAGUCUACAACCACACCACCUUCACCUGGUCCCUCACGCGCCGCCGAUGCCUCCAGCUCGCCUCCUCCCUCUCCUCCCUCGGCAUCCGCCGCGGCAGCGUCGUCUCCGUCCUCGCCCCGAACGUCCCCGCCAUGUACGAGCUCCACUUCGCCGUCCCUUUCGCCGGCGCAAUUCUCAACAACAUCAACACCCGCCUCGACGCCCGCACCGUCUCCGUCAUCCUCCGCCACGCGAACUCCAGGCUGGUCUUCGUCGACUGCGCCUCACGCGACCUCGUCCUCGAAGCCCUAUCUCUCUUCCCUGAAAACCAAAAUCAACGCCCAACCCUAAUUCUCAUCACAGACGAAACCGUGGAGAAAGAGAAAGCCGCACCCGCCGUUGAUAAUUUCCUCGACACCUACGAGGGGCUUGUAAGCAAGGGUGAUCCGGGAUUCAAGUGGGUCCUACCCAACUCCGAGUGGGACCCGAUGGUACUUAACUACACUUCUGGAACGACGUCGUCUCCCAAAGGCGUUGUCCACUGCCACCGUGGAACGUUUAUUAUUUCAGUGGACACUCUUAUUGAUUGGGCUGUUCCGAAGAACCCGGUUUAUCUCUGGACUCUUCCGAUGUUCCAUGCUAACGGGUGGAGCUUCCCGUACGGGAUCGCUGCUGUGGGCGGAACUAAUAUCUGUGUCCGCAAGUUCGACGCUGAGAUUGUUUACUCUCUCAUAAAACGCCAUCACGUGACUCACAUGUGCGGCGCGCCGGUGGUGCUCAACAUGCUAACCAACUCCCCUGAUAAUAAACCGUUGGAGAAGCCGGUUCAGAUCCUCACCGCCGGAGCACCGCCGCCUGCGGCGGUGCUCUUCAGAACAGAGGCGUUGGGGUUUGUCGUGAGUCAUGGAUAUGGCUUGACUGAGACCGGAGGGUUGGUGGUGUCGUGCGCGUGGAAGGGGGAGUGGAACAAGCUGCCGGCGACGGAGAGGGCAAGGCUGAAGGCGCGGCAGGGGGUAAGAACGGCGGGGAUGGCGGAGGUGGACGUGGUGGGUCCCACCGGGGAGAGCGUGAAGCGCGACGGGGUUAGCAUCGGAGAAGUUGUGAUGAGAGGUGGGUGUGUGAUGUUAGGUUACCUGAAAGACCCUUCAGGAACCGCGAGUUGUUUCAAGAACGGUUGGUUCUACACCGGGGAUGUUGGCGUGAUGCACGAAGAUGGGUACUUGGAGAUCAAAGAUAGGUCAAAGGAUGUUAUAAUCAGCGGCGGCGAGAAUUUGAGCAGCGUCGAGGUGGAGUCGGUUCUGUACGGACACCCGGCGGUGAACGAGGCGGCGGUGGUGGCGCGGCCGCAUGAGUAUUGGGGAGAGACGCCGUGCGCGUUCGUGAGCUUGAAGAGAGAGAUAAAAGAGAAAGAGAAACCCACUGAGAAGGAGAUAAUUGAGUAUUGCAGGGAUAACAUGCCGCAUUAUAUGGUUCCCAGAACGGUGAUUUUCAAAGAUGAGCUUCCUAAGACUUCUACGGGGAAGAUACAGAAGUUUGUGCUGAGACAAAUCGCCAAGGAGAUGGGUUCCUUCACGCAAAGUCGAAUCUGAGUUACUCUGAAAUAGUUGUGGUCCCUAUAAAUUAAAUGAGGCAUGUCAAAAUCAACAAGCUUUUCUUAAUUGGUUGUUCCUAUUCAUGUUGUCUCCUUCUGCAACGUGUUUUUGGCAUUUAGUUGAUGAAUAGCCAUGCUCUGCAUCAUCAAGUUCCUUAUUGUAUACCAUUAUCACUAAGUAAAGUUUAUCUAUAAGUUUUGUUUUGAAUAAAAUAAGAGUUUACAUUAAA